UAACCUCCGUGCCCCUUCCCAUACGUAUACUAAUCACUGGGACGGAGGGAGUAAGUUUUUAAUGCUGUAAUUCUGAAUCGGCCGGCCUGAAGCAAGAGCUGGUAGACCUCGAUUCUCCCUCGAGUCUACAAGUCCGUUACGGUCCCGAAAAAUCAUACAGAAUCUGUUAGGGCUUAUUGUUAUAUACACUAUUGAACUCACGUCUCCUCUCUAGGGUUACAAACACACAAUAGCGCUUCAAGUUUGAGUUAUAACGCGAUUAACUUGCUUCCAGUAGGAAAGUUCACUGCCUUUACUCUCACCAUGAUUCCAAUUCGUAAAUGUAGCUGAUUCUUGAACUUGAUUUUUUUUUAUUUUUUUUUGUUUUUUCCCGUAAGUAACUGGAUAUUCAUAACCGCGCCUCUAAUUACGUUUUCGGCGUGUUCUCCUAAAAUCACAAAGUGUUAGAAAAACGUCUCAGCACCGUACCUCUAAUGUGGGAGUGCUGGGGCUUAUAUGUGGACUCUAUCAUGGAGAGCCAGGGAAUCAUUGUCAAAUUGCCAUGGAUAUCGAAUUUUGACAGUGAUUUCCUGGUUCUAAUUUGACUUGCAUUCAUAACUAAAGCAAAUUUCCUGUUCGCUCAUGCAGCGGACUCCUUCCUUGUCGUCCAGGUGUCGUGGAAUGCUUACAGGACUGUAUAAGGUUUGCAUUACUGAGAAAGUGGUGAGUUGAUAGAGGAUUGAGGGAGAGGGACCAUCGAAGGAAGAUGGCUUGGGAAUGUGGAGCAAUUGCAGGAUCGCUUAGGCCGGGUUUGGUGCAUCCUAUUACUGUUACUGAAGAACUUACCAAAGAAGCAGUUAUAGCCCUCAAAGCUGGCAAGGUCAUAGCUGUUCCUACAGAUACUCUCUAUGGAUUUGCUUGUGAUGCUUGUUCUUUGGGAGCUGUAAAUAGGAUAUAUGAAAUUAAAGGGCAUCAAUAUACAAGUCCACUUGCAAUCUGUGUCGCAGAUGUACAGGACAUAGGGAAGCUUGCAGUAACGGAUCAUCUGCCCCACUGCUUGCUUGAUAAUUUACUUCCAGGACCUGUAACUGUGGUGUUAAACCGAGGAAAUUUAAGUAUUUUGGAGAAGUCACUGAAUCCUGGAUUAAAUAGCAUAGGAGUUCGAGUGCCUGACAGUGAUUUUAUUUGGUCAAUUGUUCGGGUUUCUGGUAGUGCACUUGCAUUGACUAGCGCAAAUCUUAGUGGGAAGCCAAGCAGUGUUGACAUAAAAGACUUCGAGAAACUGUGGGAACAUUGUGCAUAUGUAUAUGAUGGUGGGGUGCUUCUAUCUGGCCGUGCUGGUUCAACAGUUGUGGACCUUACUAGCAUAGGAAAGUACAAGAUUCUCAGGCCUGGAAGAUGCUAAUAGGACUGUGCUAUCGAGCCAAGUUGACCACUUUGCUAAAGUGCUGCAGUAGAAACUAUGGAGGUCUUGCAGAGACACUCGCUAGUGGAGGACCGAAUUGCUACCUAAUUAAAGAACUGCUGCCAUUGAUACUAACUUACGAUAUGACUUCACUUAAGGGUUGUCUACUAAUCCUUGAACCAGGGUAAUGAGGCCACUUCUGUCUUCUGCUACCAGAGCACCAUUUCUGAUGGUUAGACUUGUGAUCUCUGGAUUUCUUGAAUUUGCUGUAAUCUCUGUAUCUCUUUGAUUCGACUUGAGAUUGUCGGGUCAAGUCUUUGGUUCUGUGGAUUUUCUGCAUAUGCGACAUAAUAUGCUAAAAUGCAAGCCUGUUGCCAUGCCAUUGACACCCGAGUCUGCAAGACAGGAAAAAAAAAAAAAUUAGUUGUCUGAAAAUAGAUGCUGGUCAUUUCCAGUGCUGUGUAACCUCUUACCAUAAAGUAUCCUAUCAAGAAGGCAUAGAUUGACACUUCUGUGGCAUAACUCUUGUGAAUCAAAAGUGACCAUGUGCCACCUACUAAAGUGCUAGCUGAUCCUCCUGCCAUUCCACAGAGGAAGCAAAAUGAGCUGGUCAGAUCAGAUUCAAUGACUGGUUCCAGCCCACCUCUUCCUAACAAUUCCCAUGUAUCUCUUGAGGCUUGGCCGAAAUUUUUCCCGUAAACUCCCACCUGGACGAAUCCCCAUCGGUUCCCAUGGGCAACAAGCCGGGAAGCUACUCCAGCAUAGCAAUUAGCACAUGAGAACAAGAACUCAUCUGUAUCCCCUGAAAUCAAACUUAUGGCUCUAGCUGAACCUCUUACAACACUCAGAACGGGUAGAAGGGCUGAGCCGAUACAGAUAGUUCCCAUUAAAUGACCGAGUGUUUCAUACAACGCGUCCUUUGUAUUAACAUCCAUUCCAACUGCGAAUUGCAUGUACUUGAUCCGAGAGAGCGUGACUAGAAUGGUGUUCUUGAUUAUAUGCAGAGUCCAUGUCAAACUCAACAAGAUGAGGAAAAUGAAUAGCUUAUCUAAGGCACUUCUGGUGGCGGAGGCUCCUCCAAUCCCAGCAACCAAGAAACACGAAUAGAGAGUACUAGCUAGAAUUGCUAGAAAUCGCAGCACAGAUGUAUUAGCUGGACUGAAUGCAGUGGCUGUAGACAACACUCUGCAUGAAUAGUCUAAUCUGGGAUUGACCCAGCAAGAGUAAAUUGAUUGUAUUACUGCUGAAACUAUGGCCAGAGCUCCUGCUGCUAGACUUCCAGGGGAGCCGAUAGCAACAAACAGGAUCCCCGCAGCACACGUCAAUAAAGGGCUAAUCCAGAAAGCUGCUCUCAUAGUUCUUGAAGGGUUGUAGCUGCUCAUCAAUUGCCAAGACAAACUAACUACUCCAGCACAUGCUACAGACCCAAGAAUUGGCGGAUACCAUUGUUGUGGCCGGAAAUGGUGGCUAUGUGCAGAGACGAGGCCUCGGAUCGUGAGAAAAAUCACCAGGACUAUAAUCAGGAGAAACUGCAGGAAGAACAGAUUCUGAAAAAGCUUCCGAAGAAAGUUCCCAGGUGGCCUCAUCUCGAAUUGGCUGACAUUGGAAUCUCGUACCUGCAUUUUGCUUCAAAAGAUUGAGCAGAAACCAAAAAAUUUCGAUAAAAAGAGAAGACUGUUUGAUGAAUGAUCAGCCUUUUCUGGGUUUUGUAGUUGUAGCUGCUUGGACUUGAAGUUCCUUAAUUGCUGCCAUGCUGACAGAUAGUGACAGGUAUGCAGUUUAUUCAAUCAUAUCUGCAGCUUACAAUUCAACCAUAUAAACAGACAAUAUAUAAUUAUUGUUCGUCCACUUUCUAGGUGGCUACGGUUCACAAUACUAAAAUCAUCAACAUCUUCGAAGUCAUAUUA